AUGAAAUAUUUUGAACAAUCAAAAACAUCUCAGCUUUGUAGCCAAUUUUUUCACAUAAUCAUUCAGAAAUUUCAAUUCUACAUUCUGUAUUUGGCCAAACAUAUACGACAAAAUAAUAUCAAUAACAAACAUUGUCAUAACAAAAAUUUGACCAAAUACGAAUAUCCUCAAUUACGAUCACACCAUUUUAUUUUUAUACCAUUCGGACAACAUUUUGUCAUCACCACAAACCACUACAAAUUUUUUGUUUUUGUUGUUGUUGUUGUUAUUAUUGACAAUCAAGUUUCAUUUCGAUUUACCCAAAUUAAAUUGAAUAAUUACAGUGAAUUUGUUAUUGCAUGUUUUGGUCAUAUGAAUGAUAAUCAUUCACAAUAAUUAUCGAUCAUAAUAAAAUCGGAUUAUUUUCAUUUUUCCCCAUUGGCAACCGUCAUCGUAAAUUUUGAAUUAUCAAAAAAUAAAUUUCAAC